GAUUCGGGCGGGCGUAACUCCGAACUUUUGUUUGGUGUGUUGUGUGAGUUAGUUUCCGCCGCCGGGACAGAGGCGCCGGCCGGGCUGGGCCGGGCUCAGGGAAGCGCCGCACGGGCAAGAGUUGUUUUGCCAGUUGCUGCGGCCGGGUCGGUUUCCUCUGCCGAGGGGUGAGGAGCACCGGGCGACGAACAGGACGAGCCACGGCCCGGGGAGCGGGGCAUGCAGGGCUGGGAAUCCGGGCUCUGAGCCGCCGAGCCCCGCCAGGGAAGCGCCGGGGGGUUCCGACGGAGCGCCAUGGAUCCUGGGCAGCCUCAACCGCAGCAACCGCCGCAGGCAGCGCAGCCCCCGGCCUCGCAGCAGCCGCCACCGCAGCCCCCGAGCGCGGUGUCGGGGGCCCCGGCCGGCGCGGCGCAGCCCCCGGGCGCGGGGCCCCCUCCGGCGGGGCACCAGAUCGUCCAUGUGCGGGGCGAUUCGGAGACCGACUUGGAGGCGCUGUUCAACGCCGUGAUGAACCCCAAGGGCGCCAAUGUGCCGCACACGCUGCCCAUGCGGCUGCGGAAGCUGCCCGACUCCUUCUUCAAGCCGCCCGAGCCCAAGGCCCACUCCCGCCAGGCCAGCACUGAUGCAGGGACAGCAGGAGCCCUGACCCCACAGCAUGUCCGAGCUCAUUCCUCUCCAGCAUCGCUGCAGCUGGGAGCUGUUUCUCCAGGGACACUUACACCCUCUGGAGUAGUGACUGGUCCUGGAGCCUCAUCAUCUCAACAUCUCCGCCAGUCUUCAUUUGAGAUCCCUGAUGAUGUACCUUUGCCACCGGGUUGGGAGAUGGCUAAGACACCAUCUGGACAGAGAUACUUUCUUAAUCACAUUGAUCAAACAACAACAUGGCAAGAUCCUAGGAAGGCCAUGCUUUCCCAGAUGAAUGUUACAGCUCCCACCAGCCCUUCUGUGCAGCAGAACAUCAUGAACUCGGCAUCAGGCCCACUCCCCGAUGGAUGGGAACAAGCUAUGACCCAGGAUGGAGAAAUUUACUACAUAAACCAUAAGAACAAGACCACAUCUUGGCUAGACCCAAGGCUUGACCCACGCUUUGCCAUGAAUCAGCGAAUCAGCCAAAGUGCUCCAGUGAAACAGCCACCUCCUCUGGCUCCUCAGAGUCCCCAGGGUGGUGUCAUGGGUGGGAGUAGCUCCAAUCAGCAACAGCAGAUGAGACUUCAGCAGCUACAGAUGGAGAAGGAAAGGCUGAGACUGAAGCAUCAAGAACUGCUUCGGCAGGUGAGGCCACAGGCAUUGCGGAAUAUCAAUCCCAGCACAGCAAAUUCUCCAAAACAUCAGGAAUUGGCUCUCCGUAGCCAGCUUCCAACAAUGGAACAAGACGGUGGAUCUCAAAAUCCUGUGUCAUCUCCUGGAAUGUCUCAGGAACUGAGAACAAUGACUACAAAUAGUUCUGAUCCCUUUCUUAACAGUGGGACAUAUCACUCCAGAGAUGAAAGCACAGACAGUGGACUGAGCAUGAGCAGUUAUAGUGUACCCAGAACCCCCGACGACUUCCUGAACAGUGUUGAUGAGAUGGAUACAGGUGACAGUAUCAGCCAAAGUAACAUACCAUCCCAUCAGAACCGUUUCCCAGACUACCUUGAAGCCAUUCCAGGGACAAAUGUGGACCUUGGGACACUGGAAGGAGAUGGGAUGAAUAUAGAAGGAGAAGAACUGAUGCCAAGUCUGCAAGAGGCUUUGAGCUCUGACAUCCUUAAUGACAUGGAAUCUGUCUUGGCAGCCACCAAGCUAGAUAAAGAGAGUUUUCUUACUUGGUUAUAGGGGCCUCAGGGAGACUGAAUUCUAAAUCUGUGAAGGAUCUAAGGAGAUUAAGACAUCUGUAUCUGAAGUUCAGAACAAGCCAGUGUUGCACACUUGGGCUAAUGUUCAGAAAAAGUAAAUGAACAAAUAUUCAACAAGAAUCUUUCAUUUUGCUCUUCCUUGUCCAUCGCUGCUGUUAUAUAUUGCUGACUUUUUUCCACAGUUGACUCUGAAGAACAGACAUCUUCUUGAUCUUUUUCUAUUGCUGUUGCAACUACUGUUUGAGGGGGGUGGGGAGGGAUGAUGAGCCUAUUUGGAUGACGAAUGCCAUUCCUUUUGUCCUAGUGUGCGCUUGCAUAUCAUUUUAUCUAAGUACUCAGAUUUGAGAGUUAAUUUCUGCAUGUCACUGCUUGUAGUUUGCUCAGCUAGUUGUCUCCUGCUGCCUGUGGCAAGUGGUAAAACAUGACAUACUGGGGUGACAAGCCGAAAAUGAUGUAUCUGGUCAAAAGAAAUCAAUACUGAUUUGGAGAUACGACUUAAAGGAGGGCUGAAGACUUUUUGGCAUUAAGUGGCAUUCAGUAGUCACAAAGUGCUCUUGUUCAUAUUUUAUGUUAUAGUAAAUCAUGAGUCAUUUUACAUAGAAACGUAUAUGAACUUUUGAUUGUUGCCACAUAUUCUAGCCUUACUGUUGUUUGUCAAAAAUAGUUUGAUUAUUUUUGUUAGUUGGUUUAACUGUAGCUGUAGGAUGGGAAGUAAUUAUAGGUGUUCUUGUUUUUUUUUUUUAAUAGUGAAAUCUAAGGGGUUUUUUCUGAUUUCACAUAGUCUUAUUUAAAUCUGAAUUGUCUGCUUUUUUAUACUUAAAACAUGCCUAUUGUAGCCUGAUAAGCUAGUGAGUACAUAAACCAGUACGUUUAGCCUGUAACUUUUUUAUUUUUUUUAAAGGCUAGCUUUGAAUGUAAUCAUUAGAAUUCAUGACCAGUGGCUUAUUUUUCAUGUUUAUUUGCAAGAUUUUUUUAAAUUAGAAUCUGAUUGCAGCAAUGUAAAAGUUAAACUCCCAAGGGUCAUACGUAUGAUUUCUAAAUGUGGUGUAAAGUAGCAGAAACCAUUUUAAAAUGACAGUUGCAUGUAAUCUCUCUUCUGGUUUUCAGUUUUGAUAUCUAAGUGAGUUUAGAUUUUAAAAUUCUUAAUGGGAAAAAAACUCUUACGUUACCACGAAAAAAGUCCGAUCUAUUACUGUUGCUCUCGAGUUGCAAUGAAAAGACUAGAACACCAAAAAAAACCAAAUCCUUACGAAAAACUCUUUAAGUGGAAUAGGUAUCAAAUUCUGCUUGGUGAAAAAUAAGCCCUGGACACUAUAUGUAGAAGAAUGUAAAGAUAUGUGUUAGAUGGUGACAUGAGCAGGUAAUGAAGUGUAUAUUAGUAGUAGAGCUUAGCAUGGGGUAGAGGUGAAUAUGAAUUAUCUUUAUUUUAAUGGGAAAAGAUGUAUCACUUAAGUUGUUUGCAGGAGUUGACACAGUUUCCAAAGAGUAUUUUUAAAUGAACAAAACGAGCAUGAAUCAAACUUUCAGUAUAAGCUAUGAAGUUCUGUGGGGGUUUGGGGUUUUUUUAUGAUGAAAAGUAGUGUCACCAGUUAACACCUCUAUAAUUAAGGGCCUGUCACCAUUCUCAACGUGAGCCUUUAUUUCCAUGGGUGUAUAACAUGACUAUAAAGAUACUGUAGGCAUGAAACUCAGUUUUGAAAAAAAAUCUCAGCGAGCGGAGACUUCUCCUGGGGAGAGACAUUUUGGGUUGGGUUUUUUUGUUUUGUUUUGUUUGGGGGUUUUUAAGGACAUUGAUUAUCUUUCAAGCUGGAAAUUAAUCAGCGAAACAAAACAAACACCCAUAUUAUUAUCGUCAUUUGGAUUCUUUUAUGCUUCAGAAAUUGUCCUGUUUUAGGAUAACAUAAAGAAGGAAAACUGUGAACCAAGUCUAAUUGUAAAAACUGAAGCAGCAGAGGCAGAGAUUUGAAAUUUGCCACUAUAAAUGUACAUUUACUACUUUAGGCAAGGCUGUUAGUGUUUGGAAUACAUUAAAUUGUUUGUGGCUUGUUAUGGGAUACAGGCAGGUUUGAAAGCACCAAUUUCCCAAACAUAUCCACAAUGACAGAUAUAUUCUGCUACACCAAUAAUUCAGCGAUUAAUAGGCCACUUAUAUUGUGCAAUGACACAGUAGCUCCUAAAGCAGUAUAUUGUGUCCAAGGUAGGGAUUUUAGUAGCAUUUUUACAGUUUCAUUAUGAAUUCUCCUCUCUUCUUCCCUUCAGGGGAAAAAAAAAAAAAAAGACACUAAGUUGUUAUAACUUGAAUGGUGUGACAUAAAACCACAACAGCAAGGAAAUCCAGAGUUGAUUCCAUUUCAGUUUCUUCCACAGUUGUAGCCAGGUAUGCACACGGGAUGCACUGGGUGCAGGCUCCUGACACGCUGUGCCUCACUACAACAGGGAUGAGUACAGAACAAAUUUUCUUUCCUUGCUUUUGUGUGUUUGUUACAGCUUUAAUAUUUGAAUGUUUCCUUCUCAUUGUAGAAACACUAAAUGGCUUAUUCUGUGUUUGAGUAGCACUGCUUAGGGUAGAUACUGACAAACUGGGAAUCCUUGAACUGCUCUAACAUGGAUUAUGUUUUGUGAUACUUAAUUGAUUUUAAUACAUUUCCGUUCUCUCAUUUAGUAGGAAACAUACCAUAGAGAUGCUAUACUGUUGGCAAUCAACAUGAACUUGCAAAUGUUUGAUGAAGUGGUUAAAAUUGUUUGAAAUGCGCAAGUGUUUUGGGUAGUAUUUUAUACUGAUGUAUAUAUUGAAACAGAAAUCAUUGUAAUAAUUGUAAUAGCUUUUGGUUCUGAAUACACUACAUGCAGGCAGAUGGGGCUGUACAGACUGUGCUGCUGAAGGCCCCAGCAGGGCCACUGCCUGGGCACAGGCUGCAGUGUCAGUAAACCACACGGAUCAAACCUUGUACCAGUCAGUGUUGGCGCUCACCAAUGCAAAAGGAGAAGAGGCGGUUUCAGCAUGGUUAACACUACAUAGCUUUCACACCUCUGGUAAAUUAGUACUAAAGUGACCUUUUCACUUACAAGCAUGUUUUUAUACAAAUUAACAGGUGUGCCUGUGUAAAAUAAUUUGUUUUCUGUAUCUUGGCAAAAAUACUCUCCACAUUUAGAAUGUUGUAUGUUAGAGAACUCUUAAAUGCACCCUUGUCAAAAAUUAUAUAUAUUAGUUACCAAUGUUACUUUUAGAUAUGAGCAUGACUGUAAGUUAGGUACUUAAGUACGUUCUGUUACAUUAUUUUUCUUUAUGUAAUACUUUUUCAGUUGUUUUAUUUGGUAUAAAUAUAUACUUUGUGCUUAAACAUCUCUGUUUGUUUUUAACAUUCAAUAGUAUGUAAAGAUACUGAUUUCCUUCAGUAAGAUGGAUGCAUUGAAUUGUUGGAAUUCCUAUUGUAGUAUGUCUGUUCUCAUCCCCCUUGUCACUGCUUUUGUAGUCACAAACUCGAGUCCUGCAAACACUGUGUACAAGCUCACCCGAGAGACAAAGGAGUCCUGUUGAAGUCAGUAAAGGCUAACGUUAACGUGUGCAUCUCUGUGUGUUUGCAAUGAUGAAGAGACAGUGACUCUGCUGAGCCUCAUGCGGUUUGUGUACAAUACUUUAAUUGCAUAUGGCACUGGAGUGAGAGAUGGUAGCAGAACAUCUGUUAGUAACUGUAAGAAAGCAUCUACUUUUUGCAGAUACACUUACAAUGUUCAGGAUCUUCCCAUAUAGCAGGUACAUUUUCGGCUAACUCUAAGUUUAUACCAUAAUUUGUGGCAGACUAUCAAUAAAGACACACUACUUUCAUUUCCAA